AUGGGAAAACGAGUGCGCCACUUUGUCGGAGUCGAAAGCUCAGAGCAGCUGGCCUUCAUUGAUGAGCUCCAGGAGCUAGGGCUAAGCAGCACAAUUGAUCUGCCCGAGCUUGUGGUGGUGGGAGACCAGAGCACCGGUAAGAGCUCGGUGCUCCAAGCCAUAACCGAGGUUUCCUUUCCGGUCAAGGACACCAUGUGCACUCGUUUCCCAAUCCAGAUUUCCUUCAGGCAGACCUCCGCCUCAAAUAAAUAUCCUGUUAAGGCUACUAUUGUGCCGGGACGACUGUCCGAAAAUGACGAGGCGCUUCUCCUUCGCAUACAAGACUUUAUCAUCGAAAAGGAAGAGCUGACUUCGGAAGUGAUGGAAGAGAUCAUAGAGGAGGCCACGGAGUGCAUUUUCGGCGAGCAGAAGCCAGGGAAGCAGUUGAGUCUGAGCGACGCCACACUCCGAAUUGAGCGCUCCGGCCCGGACGAGAUGCACUGGACGAUUGUCGAUCUCCCAGGUCUCAUUCGGAAAGGGCAAAAAAGUAAGAAGCAAAAUGGUGUAUCAGAGGAGGAGGCACAUGCGCAGCCUAAUGCGGCAGUUGCUUGGGAACUGGCUCGAAGCUACCUAGCGAAUGAGCGGAACAUCGUUUUGGUGGUUAUCGACAAUGUGGACGUGGAGCGGCACAAAACUUUCGAAUUGAUUGAAGAUGUACCCGGACUGGAAAGCCGAUGCAUUGGCGUGCUCACAAAAUGCGAUCGCAAGCAGGAAGGCUCCGAUGAUUGGAUGGUCAAACUCCUACAGAAUGAUUUGCCUACUGUUCCUCAUCUCGACCACGGCUGGUUCGGAUUGCGGAACAGAAUACCUGCCGAAGCUCAUAUCACAGACGCCGAGCGCGACGAACGAGAACUAAAGGAGUUCGCCCAGCCGGCUUGGGAGGGAGUGGGCAAGGAUAGGACAGGCAUACGCUCGUUGAUCAAGUACGUCGACAAGGAGCGGCGGGCCCAGAUACAGUCAGGCCUGCCCCAGAUCAUUGCGGAAAUCCGUCGCAAACUUCAGGACUGCGAGUCAGACCUUAGCAGAAUGGGAGAGGCCCGUGAUAGCCCCAAAGCCCAGAGAUACUUCGUCUUCCAAUUCUGCAAUGAAAUGCAGAAAUUGGCCAAUGCGAGUUUGAUAGGCCAAUAUCAAGAUGUACCCUCAGAGGAUCCGAGGAUCAUGCUGCGAUACCGAGUGCAGCGUCGUCUUGAUCAAUUCUAUAAGGAGAUGGUGAACCCAGAUAACAUGCCCAUUCUCUUUUCGAGCUAUCAGGACGACCUGGAAAUUCUCAGCUCGAUGAAUCCGGAAGAGUGGGAAGAAAAGGUCAUGAAUGCCCCUGGUAUGUAUUCCGAGAUAUACAAGGAAGCCAAAAUCAGCGAGGGGCGCAGCCUCCCAGGGAGUAUUCACCCAGAUGUGGAGGAAAGGAUGUUUCGGAAGCUGACAACCCAUUGGGAGAGGAUUGCUCGGAGCUUUGUUGAAGACGUGAAGGACCUCACAAAGGACUGCCACGAUGUACUUUCGAGGAUAGCCAUACCCAAUAGUAAAGUGCGACUUGAAGUGAGUCGCAUCAUUGGGAAGACGCUGGCAGAGUGGAACAGAGAUGCAGAUGCGGCUCUCUUGGAGCUCAUCGAGGAUAACCAAGCCCGACCGCUCGUCACUCGCCAUCCCCUGUUGAUCUCUGAGACGAUAGCUGCAGAUAAACAACGAGGCGAAAUCUUACUCGGGAAGAAGUCGACGAUGGCAACGAACGGGGAGAGUGAGGGGAUCCCUAACGCCAUAAGCGGGGCCACCAGCCACGUGCUUUUUGUCCGUGCCAGGCUGGAGUCGUACUACAAAAUUGCACUGUACCGAUUCAUUGACAAUGUAGCGAUGCAGGUCGUCGAGAGACAUGUGCUGGGACCGAAAUGCCCCAUGCUCACUGUCUCUGUCAAUACCUUUGCAAAUCUGGAUGACAGAGAGCUGAAUAGCGUGGCCGGGGAAGAUGAAACGGAUAUUCGUAUGCGCGCGAGGCUGGAAAAGGUGCGGUCUCGAUAUGUCCAGGCGCUCGAAAAGUGGGAGAGAUUGAGAGUACUCUAG